ACACGAAAAUGGCGCCACUGCGGCGGCGCCACCAGUACCACCACCGGCUCCGGUACCUUAUCCCGCUCAUUUCCGCCGUCUCCGGCGCGCUUCUCAUCCUCUUCGCCGUUAUCUUCUUGUUCCUCGCUCCUACUCCCUUCGAUGCUCAUCAACGUCAGAAUGAUCGGGUCGACGAUGCGAUUGGAGAUGUAGUAGCGUUCCGCGUUCCGAGCCGUGGACGAAAAUCGUCCGAUCGUGAUCUUUGGACUUCCAGGAAUGCGAAUCUCUACUACGGAUGCAGCGAUGCCAGCAAGAAGUUUCCAAAAGUCCAAGAUGUGACGCGUCCUAAUAGGUAUUUGGCGAUUGCAACAAGUGGAGGCUUGAAUCAACAGCGAACCGGGAUUACAGAUGCUGUUGUUGCUGCUCGCAUACUGAAUGCUAGUCUUGUUGUUCCAAAGUUGGACCAGAAAUCUUUCUGGAAGGAUGUGAGCGAAUUUUCUGAAAUCUUUGAUGUUGAUUAUUUUAUAUCAUUUCUGUCAAAAGACGUUAAAAUCAUUAAGCAACUCCCUAGAAGGGGAGGUAAAACAUGGACUCCAUAUAAUAUGCGCGUCCCAAGGAAGUGUAAUGAAAAAUGUUAUCAGACUCGUCUACUACCUGUUCUUAUGAAAAAGCAUGCAGUUCAGCUCACAAAGUUUGAUUACAGACUUGCAAACAGGUUGAGUACAGAUUUGCAAAAAUUGAGAUGCAGAGUGAAUUAUCAUGCUUUAAAGUUUACUGAGCCAAUACAGAAAAUGGGUGAGACGUUGGUUCGUCGAAUGAGGAUGAAAAGCAAGCACUAUAUCACGUUGCACCUGAGGUUUGAAUCUGAUAUGCUUGCAUUCUCUGGAUGCUAUUAUGGUGGAGGAGACAAAGAAAGGAAAGACCUUGGUGUAAUACGAAAGAGGUGGAAAACUCUACAUAUAAGCAACCCUGAUAAGCCAAGGAGGCAUGGGAGAUGUCCCCUUACUCCAGAAGAGGUUGGUCUGAUGUUGAGAGCACUGGGUUAUGGCAGUGAUGUUCAUAUUUAUGUGGCAUCAGGGGAAGUGUAUGGAGGGGAAGAAACAUUGGCGCCCCUUAAAGCACUAUUCCCCAACUUCUAUUCAAAAGAGACCAUAGCAACCAAAGAGGAGUUAGAACCAUUCUAUUCAUUUUCUUCGCGCAUGGCUGCACUUGAUUUUAUAGUAUGCGAUGAAAGUGAUGUUUUUGUUACUAACAACAAUGGUAAUAUGGCCAAAAUAUUAGCUGGACGAAGGAGAUAUUUUGGGCAUAAGCCUACUAUUCGUCCAAACGCUAAAAAGCUUUAUCGAUUGUUCUUAAGCAAAGAGAACACAACUUGGGAAGCUUUUGCAUCCAGUGUUCGUACUUACCAGAGAGGCUUUAUUGGUGAGCCACAUGAAGGGAGGCCAGGCAGGGGUGGGUUUCAUGAGAACCCACAUACCUGCAUAUGUGAAAAUACUCAGGCUAAAGUCAAGAAAUAUGUAGAUCCUAGAAAAUUUGGUAGGGUUAGUAAUGUAACAAGAAAAGAUGAAGUAGAAGCCGAUGUUCAAGACUCAGAAGAUGAUCCAGAAUGGCCCGACUCUGAUGAGGAUGAUGAUCUAAGUGUCCCAGUGGAGAAUGAUCAGUUUAACAGAACUACAGAGGAUUAUGAUACAGUAAACUCUGAGGAACCUGAAUUGGAGGAGCUCAUUUCUGACUAGAUGAAUCUAUCUCGACAUGUGCACUAUUGCUUCCUCAUAUGACUCAUCAACUAUUUCCAGCUCAAAGCCAGAUGAUUUACCAUAUACCCUCCCUCCGUGUCAUUGUAUAUACAGAUUGCAGAAUGAGAAGGAAUGAUGAAGUGCAUACUACUUCUGGGAAUAUUUUAGCUUGAACCUCGCUUCAUGGCAGUUAAACUGAUGUCCGGCCUUCAACUUGAAAACAUACGGUGCAAUGUGAGGGUAUGCAAGGGUCUGUGCUUUCGGGCUGAAGAUGAAGAUGGAUCUUAUAUGGAUACAGUGUGUUUGCGUUGAUGGGGAAGCAUGUAUGUGAACAGUAGUCAGCUGCCAGAAAAAGUGUGUUGUGACGGAGUCUUGGGGUUUAAUCUUUAGAAUAGACUGCUCCGAUGAGGAUUUAUGAAUCGUUUUCAGCUAAGGAUUCUGAAUCGGGGAUCUUUAGGCAUGCUAUACCUAUUCUUGAAUUUUGAUCAGACAAUUGAGUGACAGGUCAUUGCUGUAAAUUAAAUCUGAACGUCGGGAAAACUUUUUUGGGUAGAUUUUUCAUUUUCACAGAUUUGAAGUCAAUCUGGCGGGGGAAAGGUCCGAGGAUAGAAUGAGUUCCGGUGACCGGGGUAUCUUCCGAUUGUCUACAUGAGUUUUAGGGUUUCAUUUUCUGAGAUUUGAAUGGUAGAAGGUUCGUUAAAGUUAUUUUUCAUCCUCAUCUGCUGAGUGCUGAUGAUACCUUGAAGUAUUUAUGGAUGAGUUGAAAAUUUUACUUCUAUACAUAACUACAUAAGUAAUUG